AUGGAGACCAAGAGCCAUAACAGCCUUCAGGAGAGACCCACACCCUCCAGCAAUGAGGAGAUAUCAGUGGAUGGCAAUAAGUUAAUCAAAGCUGUUAAAGAAGAAGACAUUGAGCUGGUCCAACAAUUCCUGGAAAGAGGGGCUGAUGUCAACUUCCAGGACGAGUGGGGCUGGUCACCUCUGCAUAAUGCGGUACAAAGUUGCCAGGAGGACAUGGUGGAUCUUCUGCUUCGUCAUGGGGCUGACCCUUGUCUGAAGAAGAAGAAUGGGGCCACUCCAUUCAUCAUUGCUGGGAUUGUGGGAAAUGUGAAGCUGCUCAAACUUUUCCUUUCUAAAGGUGUGAAUGUCAAUGAGUUUGAUGCUAAUGGCUUCACAGCUUUCAUGGAAGCUGCUGUGAAUGGGAAGGAUAAAGCUUUAAAAUUCCUGUAUGAGAAUGGGGCAAACGUGAAUUUGAGCCGAAAGACAAAGGAGGAUCAAAAGAGGCUUAGGAAAGGAGGGGCCACAGCUCUAAUGGAUGCUGCUGAAAAUGGACAUGUAGGUGUCUUGAAGAUCCUCCUUGAUGAGAUGGGGGCAGAUGUCAAAGCCUGUGACAAUAUGGGCAGAAAUGCUUUGAUCUAUGCAUUUAGGAAUUCUGAUGUUAGAAAUGUGGAGGGCAUCACCAGCCUUCUGCUGCAGCAUGGGGCUGAUGUCAAUGUGAGGGGAGAGAAAGGGAAGACACCCCUGAUCCUGGCAGUGGAAAAGGAGCACUUGGGUUUGGUGCAGAUGCUUCUGGAACAAGAACAUAUAGAGAUUAAUGAGACAGACAGUGAGGGCAAAACAGCACUUCUGUUGGCCGUCCAACUCAGACUGAAGGAAAUUGCUCAACUGUUAUGCAACAAAGGAGCCACUACGAACUGUGGGGAUCUUGUGAUGAUAGCGAGGCGCAACUAUGACAGUUCCCUUGUAAGGCUUCUUCUCUCUCAUGGGGCCAGAGAAGAUUGUCCCCCUCCCACUGAAGACUGGAAGCCUCAGAGCUCACGCUGGGGGGAAGCCUUGGAACACCUCCACAGAAUAUACCGCCCUAUGAUUGGCAAACUCAAGAUCUUUAUUGAUGAAGAAUAUAAGAUUGCUGACACUUCUGAAGGGGGCAUCUACCUUGGGUUCUAUGAAGGGCAAGAAGUAGCUGUGAAACGAUUCUAUGAAGGCAGCACACAUGGACGACAGGAAGUCUCCUGUCUGCAGAGCGGCCGAGCAAACAGUGACUUGGUGACAUUCUACGGGAGUGAGAGCUACAAGGACUGUCUGUAUGUGUGUCUUGCCCUCUGUGAGCAGACCCUGGAGGAACACUUGGCCAAGCACAGUGGGCAGGCUGUGGAAAACGAGGAAGACGAGUUUGCCCGAAACACCGUCUUAUCUGUAUUUAAGGCUGUUGAAGAACUACAUCUGCGGUGUGGAUACACUCACCAGGAUCUGUGCCCACAAAACAUCUUAAUAGAUUCCAAGAAUGCUGUUUGCCUGGCAGAUUUUGAUAAAAGCAUCAAGUGGACUGGAGAGCCGCAGGAAAUCAAGAGAGAUCUACAGGCCCUUGGACAGCUAGUCCUAUAUGUGGUAAGGAAGGGAGAGCUCCCUUUUGAGACACUGAAGACUAAAAGUAAUGAAGAGGUGAUUCAACUUUCUCCAGAUGAGGAAACUCGGGACCUCAUUCAUCAACUGUUUAACCCUGGAGACAAUGUGCAGGGGCACCUGAGUGGCCUGCUGGGUCAUCCCUUCUUUUGGAGUUGGGAGAACCGCUACAGGACCCUUAGGGAUGUGGGAAAUGAAUCUGACAUUAAAAACCCAGUUAAGCAAUCGACAAAGAAGAUUGUCCAAAUACUACAACCUGAAAAAUCUGAAUGUUUCAGUUUUGCCCAGUGGACUUCUAAGAUUGACAAAUAUGUUAUGGAAGAAAUGAAUAAGUUUUAUAAAAAAAGAUUAUUCUAUAAGGACACUGUGCAAGAUCUGCUAAAGUUCAUCCGGAAUCUGGGAGAACAUAUUAAUGAAGAAAAAAAUAAGAAGAUGAGGUUGAGCAUUGGAGAACCUUUCCAGUAUUUGCAGAAGAAUUUUCCCGAUCUGGUCAUGUAUGUCUAUAAGAAACUACAGAACACAGAAUACAGAAAGCAUUUCCCCAAAAACUCACAAUCCAAACAAGCAUUGGAGUGA